AUGGGUCGCGGAAAAAAGUGGCGCCGCGACGAGGACGUGAGUUUAGCAGCCGCGUACGCUGCCGUCGCGGCCGCCGGUGUGAAAGAAGGUCCGUCUUUCUGGGACGCCGUGCGCAGUCGGGUGCAGAGCGCGCGGAGCGUGCGGGCGCUGCGGAAUCGAUGGGUCUUCAUGGUGCAAGAGGUGAAGGCGUUCGUCGCGUGUCUCGACCGUCUGGAAGCAGAGGGCGGCGGGCGGGAGGAGGUGGCGCUCGAGAGGGCCAUGAGCGACUUCCGGGCGACGCGGGGCCGAGACUUUGAGUUUCUCAACUGCUGGGACCUCGUGCGGAGCUGCUGCGAGGGCCGAGUGGUGGGAGGAAGAGGCGGCGAAGCGGCAAAGGCAGAGGCGGGAAUCGACGAGGCGCGUGGCGUGGACUAUGUGGAAGCGAGAGCCAAUGGAGUCGGCGCUACUGCUGCUGCUGCUUGUGCUGAUGCGGCUCCUGCUGUCGCGCUUGCCGCACCGAGUCGAGCGAUGAUCGAGUACGAGGCACCGCCACAGACGACGGGUGUGGUUGUUGUUGCGACGAAGAAGGAGACGACGACGAGGCCAACGAAGGCGGCAGUAGGGCUCAAGACAAAGAGUGCUGCAAGGGCUCGGACAGCAGCGGCCACGACGGAGGACUUGACGUCGGUGCAGCAGCAGCUGGUGAGCGAGAUGCGCCGGAAGAACGACCUGCAAGAGGACGAGCUCGCGCUCAAGUUGUUUGGCGAGGGACACGAGUCGGACGAGUCGCAGCAGUUUUUCAAGCUGCUCAAGCGGAAGAAACUGCUGUUGCUCGAGAAAGAAGUGGACGAGCUCGAGCGAGGGCAGCAGCGGCAGCGCAAGGAGUAG